AUGCAAGGUACAUCGCUGCCAGAGAUUGCCGCGUCUUACUACGCAGAAUACAAGACAAAGGUAGAGGCGCAUGUCAACCUUACAAUCAAAUACAAACUGUACCGAUGGCUUGGAGCAGCACUUCUGACUCUUCUGUUUCUCCUGAGGAUCAUAAUCAGUCGCAAGUACUUUAUGAUCACCUACUUUCUUUAUGUUUACAUCCUCGUUGCCUUCGUCGCCUUCAUCACCCCGUUCGAAGAGGCAGAAGGAGGGCUACCGAUAAACGACACAGAGGACAAGGGUUAUCGGCGUAACUUGCCAGAGUUUGACUUUUGGCGGAAGUACACCACUGCGCAUCUCAUAGCAUUUUUCUCGUCUCUCUUUCCAUUCAUGGACAUACCCGUCUUUGUCCCGGUUCUCGUCUUUUAUGCAGCGAUUUUAACUGUCUUCAUGCUGUACAACGAACUCCAACGUGGUUUCAUGCACCAGCUGUCUGUCAAAGAGACCAUCGACAGGUGGUUCAACAUGAAGAAGCCGUCUUACAUUGCUGGGCACACGUAG